AUGUCAGACUCCUCGAAACAUAUAGUAAUAAUUGGCGGUUCAUACGCUGGUAUCACUGCAGCUAAAACUAUAUUUGGCCAUAAAGAUAAGUCAACUCGUGUUACCUUGAUAUCAUCAUCUACAAAUGCUUUUUUCAAUGUAGCCAGUCCUCGCUUAAUUAUGGAACCUGAGAAAAUUGAUAAAGUUUUGUUUCCGGUUGAAAAAACAUUAGAGAAGUACUCAAAUGGAGUUGAUUUCAAGUUCAUAUUGGGAAAAGUUCUUUCUACUAAUUUUGAAAAUAACUCUUUGAUUGUGGAAAAUGGUAAGGGCAAACAGUCAAUUAACUAUGACUACUUAAUUGUGGCAUCGGGUUCUAGAACAGACGACACAGCAUUCAAAUUAGGUGGUGAUCAUCAAGAUACAAUUGAUUCCAUAAAAAGAUUGAAUAGAACAACUAAAGAUGCAAAGAAGAUUAUUAUAUUAGGUGGUGGUCCAACAGGUGUUGAGACAGCUGGGGAACUAGGUUAUCUCUACGGAAAAGAGAAGGAAAUAGUAUUGUACACCGGUCUGACAGGUCCUCUUUUACAGUUAGGUCCUGGAAAAUCUGUUGAAACUAUUUCAAGGUUAACUGAAUUAGGUGUUAAAGUUAUUAACAAUAAAAAAUCUACAAAUUUUCAGAAAAGUGGCACUCGUUCUAGUGUUUUAUUUGAAGAUGGUUUAUCUGAAAAUGCUGAUGUUGUUAUUCCAGCUUAUGGUGUAACUCCUAAUUCGGAAUUUUUAGAUCCAAAAUUCCUCGAUUCUAAAGGAUACUUGAAUACUGAUGAAUACUUGCGUGUCAAGGGCCAUCGCAAUGUGUUAGGCUUAGGUGAUAUUCUUGCGAUCGGUGAAAAUACCGUUAUAAGCCUAAAAUACUCCCAAAUGGCGGCUUUCGAAUCUGUGGUUAGCCUAGAAGUCUUUGGUAAUAAGAAUACUAAACUUAAGCCAUAUUCACCUGUAAAGACUACAUUGGGUGUUCCUAUUUCCAGAACUGGGGGUGUUGGUUUAAUGUUUGGCUGGAAUUUUCCAAGCUUUUUCAUCAAGUUUUUAAAAUCAAAGGACUUCAUGAUUUCUAAAGCAGGCGAUAUGUUAGCCUAA